GUCGUCACUUCCUCAUAUUAUUUCCAACAUGGAGUCCAGCGGUUUGAAGUUGAAUUUCUGGGAGAACGGACCAAAGCCCGGACAGUUUUACUCGUUUCCCGGUGGCAGCAGCGGGCCGGGCACAGCAUGCGGACCCGUCCGACACACACUUAACCCGAUGGUAACUGGGACGUCGGUGCUCGGGGUGAAGUUUACUGGUGGCGUGAUCAUUGCGGCCGACAUGUUGGGCUCGUACGGCUCACUGGCUCGCUUCAGGAACGUCUCCCGCCUCAUGAAGGUAAACAGCAACACCAUCCUGGGAGCUUCAGGAGACUAUGCUGACUACCAGUACCUGAAGCAGGUCAUCGAACAGAUGGUUAUCGACGAGGAGCUGCUGGGUGACGGGCACAGCUACAGUCCGAAGGCGGUCCACUCCUGGCUGACUAGAGUGAUGUACAACCGGCGCAGCAAGAUGAAUCCUCUGUGGAACACGGUGGUGAUCGGAGGUUUCUACAAUGGAGAAAGUUUCCUAGGUUACGUGGACAAGCUGGGCGUGGCCUAUGAGGCGCCCACAGUAGCCACAGGCUUCGGAGCGUACCUGGCUCAGCCUCUGAUGAGAGAGGUGGUGGAGAACAAAGUGGAGAUCACCAAACAGGAGGCGCGGGAGCUGGUGGAGCGCUGCCUCAAAGUUCUUUACUACAGAGACGCUCGCUCCUACAACAGGCACGAGAUCGCCAUCGUAACCGAAGAAGGGGUUGAGAUCAUAGGACCUCUGUCUUCUGAAACCAACUGGGACAUCGCUCACAUGGUCAGUGGGUUUGAAUGAAGACCAGUGACGCCUCCGUGUCUCUGACGAGUCCAAAACAACAUGAAGCUUAUAUUUCACAGUUUAGUUCUUCUGCUGUUUGUUGUAACUUUUUGUAUAAUGGAAAAUAAAAACUGCUUGUUUCUGCCA